UUCCAACCUCAACAUGACAGCGGCGGCUCUUGCUCCAGACGCGUUCACUGCGUGCGGAGAGAGACCCGUCGGCCCGUGCAGCGCCGCAGCACCCAUUGCAACAUCCCCCAGCGGACUGAGGAGCUACUCCUGAGGUCUGUGGUCAGCCAGUCUAGUGAAAGCUUACAAGCAACCCAAAAAGAAGAUGGAUGGUAUUGGGUGGAGUUGGGUGGUAUCCCUCGUGCUGCUUUGUAUUCAUAAAGAGACCUAUGCGAAGAUAUGCCAAGAGGUCAACGAAACCCAACAGCAGCAUCAAACCAACGUCUACAAUGACAUCGGCGUGACCAGGAACAAGAUAGUAACCGCUCAGUUUGAGUGCUAUCAGAAGUUAAUGAAGGACAAUAAUCACAACAGGCAAGAGCCCAUGUGUAAUCGUACCUGGGACGGAUGGCUUUGUUGGGACGACAUCAAGGCAGGCGUCAACUCAGAGCAGCACUGCCCAGACUACUUUCAAGAUUUUGACCCCUCAGAGAUGGCGACAAAGACCUGCACUGAGAGUGGACAUUGGUUCCUGCAUCCUGACAGCAACCGAACAUGGACCAAUUAUACACGCUGCGUUGAACGCACCAAUGAGGGCAGAAUGACUGCAAUGAACCUCUUCUACUUGGCGCUCAUAGGGCAUGGGCUGUCGCUGACCUCCCUGUUAAUCUCUCUGGGAAUAUUCUUCCAUUUCAAGAGUUUAAGUUGCCAAAGGAUCACCCUCCACAAAAAUCUCUUCUUCUCCUUUGUACUCAAUUCUGUGAUCACGAUCAUCUCGUUGACAGCCGUUGCUAGCAACCAGGAGCUGGUGCAGAGGAAUCCAACAAGCUGCAAGGUGUCCCAAUUCAUCCAUCUGUACCUUUUUGGCUGCAACUACUUUUGGAUGCUGUGCGAGGGAAUAUAUCUGCACACACUCAUCGUGGUGGCGGUGUUUGCCGAGAAACAGCACCUCAUGUGGUACUAUCUUCUCGGUUGGGGUUUCCCUCUCAUUCCAGCUUCUAUACACGCCAUUGCUCGAAGUUAUUAUUACAAUGACAACUGCUGGAUCAGCGCCAAUACAUCUCUACUGUACAUCAUCCACGGCCCCAUCUGUGCAGCACUUUUGGUGAACCUGUUCUUUCUACUGAACAUCGUGCGAGUGCUCAUAACAAAACUAAAGGUAACCCACCAGGCAGAGUCCAGUCUCUACAUGAAGGCUGUGAGGGCCACCCUUAUCCUUGUGCCCCUACUUGGAAUCCAGUUUGUCCUCCUUCCCUACAAGCCUGAAGAAAGGGUCUCCUCCGAAAUAUAUGACUACAUCAUGCACAUCCUAAUGCAUUACCAGGGGCUGUUGGUGGCCACCAUCUUCUGCUUUUUUAAUGGAGAAGUUCAAGGUGUUUUGAGAAGACACUGGAACCAGUACCGCAUCCAGUUUGGCAGCAGUUUGGGGACACACUCGGACGCCCUGCGCUCCGCCUCGUACACGGCCUCGUCUAUCACUGAAGUGCAGGGCUGCUACAGUAUCGACGGUCACAGUGAACACAUGAAUGGCAAGGGUUGCCACGACACUGACGCCUCCGUCUUAAAAUCAGAAAACCCUUUUGUCUGAGAAUCGGGGUCCCCCGUGACCCUGACCCCCCCCCCCCGCCCACAUAUACACGCGC